AUGAAGGCGUCUUCGACCGCCUUGGGUUUGGGCGUUCUGGCCCUGGCCUUUGUGGGUGCCAGCGCAGGCUCCUGCGACGGGACGUUGCUCUCUUACUGGGGCGAUGAAGAUGAUAAGGACGCGGAUUUCGCCCUCUUCUUCCUCUACCUGAUCCUGAUGCUGUACUUUUUCGGCGGCGUGGCCGUUACGGCCGACAAGUUUAUGGAAUCUAUCGAGUACAUUACCUCCAAGACACGCACCACCAUUGAUUCCCAAGGUCGCACCCACACGAUUCGUGUUUGGAACGAAACGGGCCCAGGCACCAUUGUUGGCUCGGCGGCCUUCAACAUGCUGAUGAUCAUUGCCUAUUGCAUGACAUCGGAGCAACCCUUACGCGUCGAGGCCAUCACCGUCCUGCAUUUUACCGCCGGUGCCUCCAUUUUUGCCUACAUUUGGCUCUACAUUAUCGUGUCGGCCUCCUCACCGGGCGAGAUUGAGAUCUGGGAAGCCGCCCUUACCACCAUCUUUUUCCCUCUCUUUGUCCUCGUGGCCUGGCUCUUUGACACUGGCCGCAUCUCCACCGGUGCCCCCGACUGGAUGCUUGAUGUCCUGCCUCUCCAGCGUCAAGCCAAGCGCGAGUCACGACGCCUGGGCCAACACGUGCACGAACAUCUAACCGAGGCGGAUGGCAUUCGUCUCGAUCGCAAGGCCCAGCUGCGUUUGCGUCGCUACCUGCGCAAGCUUCGCCAAAUCAACCCCAACGUCAACGAAGAUAUCCUCCUCCGCGAGGCCAUUGAUGCCAUGCGCGGACACAUUCAGCAGUCAGACACCCUGCGCCCGGGGGUCAUUGAUAUGCCGGACAAGCCUGAUGAGCGCAGCGGCCGUCAUCUUGCCUCUGUGUACGCUGCCGAUGGUGUCAGCGUGCACUCGCAGUCCCACGGCCCCAUUCGUGGUCAGUUCUCUUUUGAGACCGACGAGUUCUACACCACCAACCGCGAUGCCACCGUGCGCAUCAAGGUGCGCCGCGCCACCUCUGAGGGAGAGCCACAGAUUGAGCAGCCCGCCAGCAUGCUGGUCAAGAUCGUUCCAGGAACUGCAAAGCUUAACUUUCAUUUUGCCGCUGCCUCUGGCUCUGGCAACUGCUUCAAAGUCAACUUCUCUGAUAAGGGCCCCGAGGAGCACGAGGUGGAGCUUCGCAUUCUUUCCCCCCCGACCUACCAGGGCACUGUUGCGUUUUCCCUGCAACUCGAGGCCAUGGAUGAGAAGCAAGCUCUCAAUUACAAGCAUCGCAUCUGUCGCGUGGAAAUUAGCGACAAGUUUCAGUUUACGUCUGUUUGGGCUCGCAUCACCACUCUGGCUAUUUUCGCCGAUGAGAUGGUGGAGCACAAUUGGGUCGAGCAGAUUCGUGCGGCCAUUCGAGGAGAUGAUGGUGACGAGGACGCCAACAAGCUUGUGGAAAACCACUUGAACUCAAACACUGGAGACCGUCAUCUGCAGCAGACGCGCCUCGAGCUAUUGUCCUCCGAGCCGGAGUCGCGGGAGCUAGAGAUUGUUCCGGGACACGCUCCCGUGGCCGAGCACCGUGCUGGAGGACUGGCGCCAAACAUGGUAGUUACGGAGGAGGAUGGGCGUCAAGUUAACCCGCCGGACAUUUCCUUCCAUGUUCCGGAAAAGACCAAGUCAAGGGGUUUUGUGUCAUCUCUUAUUUACGUACUGAUGCUGCCUUGGAAUGUACUCUUUGCCAUUCUUACUCCGCCUGGCGACUACUUUGGUGGCUGGGUCUCGUUUGUCAUGUCGCUCGUCUACAUUGGCUUCCUCUCGGCAGUGCUUGGUGAUCUGGCAACUGGUCUUGGAUGUGCUAUUGGGCUCAAGGACACGGUGACAGCCAUUACACUGGUUGCUCUGGGCACAUCUGUCCCGGAUACGUUUGCGUCCAAAUACGCAGCCGAAAACGAUGGUGCUGAUCCCGCCAUUGGCAAUGUAACUGGUUCCAAUGCUGUCAACGUCUUCUUGGGCGUUGGCUUGGCCUGGCUUUGCGGGUCCAUCUACCACGCGAGCCAAGGCACCACCUUUGUGGUGGCAGAAGGCACGAUCGCCUUCUCGGUCGUGCUCUUCUCCAUCUUUGCUCUAGUAUGGUAUGCCGUUCUUAUGCUCCGUCGUGGCACGGCGGCUGUGGGUGGUCCACAAUCUCUGCAAGGGGCUGAACUGGGCGGUGCUCAGCCUUAUCGAAACGUAACGACGGGCCUUUUCGUGGGCAUGUGGCUCCUCUACAUCAUCUUGUCGGCAUUAGUAGCCUACGAGAUUAUUCCCGGUUUUUAA